AUGGCCGAAAACGCAGCAAAGAGACUCAAGAUGUCGCCCGUUAUCAUUGGCACCCACAAUGGCCACUUCCACGCCGAUGAGGCCCUGGCCGUGCACAUGCUGCGCAAGCUGCCCACCUACCACGACUCCCAGCUGAUCCGUACGCGCGAUCCCAAGCUCCUCGAGACCUGCCACACCGUCGUCGACGUCGGUGGCGAGUACGACGACAGCAAGAAGCGCUACGACCACCACCAGCGCGGCUUCACCACCACUUUCCCCGGCAAGAACACCAAGCUGUCGAGCGCCGGCCUCGUCUUCAUGCACUUCGGCAAGGCCAUCAUCGCCCAGAAGCUCAGCGAGGGCGCGGAGCAGGCUGUCGCCGAGGACAGCGCCGAGGUCGAGCUGCUGUACAAAAAGCUGUACGAGAGCUUCGUCGAGGCCCUGGACGCCCACGACAACGGCAUUUCCGUCUAUGACCCCAAGGCCGUCGCUGCUGCGGGUCUCGAGAAGCGCUUCAGCGAGGGCGGCUUCACCCUCGGCUCCGUCGUCGGCCGCCUGAACCCCAACUGGAACGACCCGGUGCCUUCGGACCCCGCCGAGGCGCAGAAGCUCGAGGAUGAGCGCUUCGUCAAGGCGAGCCGCCGCAUCGGCGAGGAGUUCGACGCCGACCUUGACUAUUACGCCAAGGCAUGGCUGCCCGCCCGCGCCGUCGUGCAGGCCGCCUUCGAGAAGCGCACGCAGUACGACCCCGAGGGCCGUGUGUUGGUGCUCGAGGGCCAGAGCGCCCCCUGGAAGGACCAUCUGUACUCGCUCGAGGAGGGCAAACCCUCGGUCGUGUACGUCCUGUACCCCGAGAAGCCCGCGCCCGGUGCCAAGUGGCGUGUGCAGGCAGUGCCCGUCACCAAGGACUCAUUCGAGAGCCGCAAGCCGCUGCCCGAGGCGUGGCGCGGAUUCAGAGACGAGGAGCUGGACGGCAUCUCUGGCAUCCCCGGCGGCGUCUUCGUCCACGCAGCGGGCUUCAUUGGUGGAAACAAGACCUUCGAGGGCGCCAGGGACAUGGCGGUCAAGGCGCUGAGUCUGUAA